GGGUGGUGCGUGGAGCCACCUAGCGGGCCACAUAUAUACUUGAGGAGGCUGACGUCAGCCAUCUUCCGCCACCAGUUGGUCCUUUUUGGCGUUACCAGCACACGCCUCCACUGUGUCCUAUAAUCUGUGAAUUCGACCAACAAACAUCCAAGAUGGUGAACUUCACAGUGGAAGAGAUCAGGCAACUGAUGGACAAAAAGAAGAACAUCCGGAAUAUGUCGGUUAUUGCCCACGUUGAUCAUGGAAAAUCUACGUUAACAGACUCUCUAGUGUCGAAAGCUGGUAUCAUCGCUUCUUCCCGUGCUGGAGAAACUCGUUUCACAGAUACCCGUAAAGAUGAGCAAGAACGUUGCAUUACCAUUAAAUCAACUGCCAUCUCUAUGUACUUCAAACUGUCUGAUGAGAACAUCAAUCUGAUUUCUCAUCCUGACCAAAAAGAGAAGGGGGAGAGUGGUUUCCUUAUAAACCUCAUUGAUUCGCCUGGUCAUGUCGACUUCUCAUCAGAGGUGACGGCAGCCUUGCGCGUUACUGAUGGUGCUCUUGUAGUGGUGGAUUGUGUGUCGGGUGUCUGUGUGCAGACUGAAACUGUUCUCCGUCAGGCUAUUGCUGAACGCAUCAAGCCAGUGUUGUUCAUGAACAAGAUGGACCGUGCCCUUUUAGAACUGCAACUAGAGCAAGAAGAACUUUACCAGACGUUCCAGCGCAUUGUGGAAAAUGUGAAUGUCAUUAUUGCUACUUACAACGACGACAGUGGUCCUAUGGGUGAGAUGCGUGUUGAUCCAAGUAAGGGUUCUGUUGGCUUUGGCUCUGGCCUUCAAGGUUGCUUCUCUGUAAAGGAAUUCCUUUCUAUGCAAGCAUCCCUAUUUCCGGUCAAUUCCAGUCAUUUAAUUUUAAAAUUUCCUUCAAGGCUGUGGGGAGAGAACUUCUUCAACAAGAAAACAAAGAAGUGGUCUACAGCAAAGAGUCCUGACAAUGAGCGUGCCUUCAACACCUAUAUCCUUGACCCCAUCUUCAAGUUGUUUGAUGCUAUAAUGAAUUUUAAGAAAGAUGAAACUCAAAAGCUUCUGGAAACCCUGAAAAUUAAGCUGGUGAGUGAAGACAGGGAUAAAGAAGGAAAACCUUUACUUAAGGUAGUAAUGCGCACAUGGCUUCCAGCUGGUGAUACCCUCUUCCACAUGAUCACAAUUCACCUACCUUCUCCAGUAACAGCACAAAAAUACCGUGCCGAGAUGCUGUACGAGGGACCAUCUGAUGAUGCUUGUUGCACUGGUAUUAGAAACUGUGAUGCUGAAGGCCCACUCAUGAUGUACAUAUCUAAAAUGGUACCUACAUCUGACAAAGGACGUUUCUAUGCUUUUGGUCGUGUCUUUUCUGGUAAGGUUGGUAGUGGACAAAAGGUACGAAUUCUGGGUCCUAAUUUUGUUCCUGGCAAGAAGGAAGAUCUAUACGAGAAAUCUAUCCAGAGGUCAAUCUUGAUGAUGGGUCGCUUUGUGGAGGCCAUUGAAGAUGUUCCUGCAGGAAACAUUUGUGGACUAGUGGGUGUUGAUCAAUAUCUGGUGAAAACGGGAACGAUCACAACUAGUAAGGAUGCUCACAACAUGAAAGUUAUGAAGUUCAGCGUGUCUCCAGUUGUGCGUGUGGCUGUUGAGCCAAAGAACCCAUCGGACUUGCCAAAGCUUGUGGAAGGUCUUAAACGUCUUUCGAAGUCUGACCCCAUGGUGCAGUGUAUCAUUGAAGAGUCUGGAGAACACAUUGUUGCAGGAGCUGGUGAACUCCAUCUUGAGAUUUGCCUAAAGGAUCUUGAGGAAGACCAUGCUUGCAUUCCACUGAAGAAGACUGAUCCAGUAGUCUCAUAUAGGGAGACUGUUGGGGCAGAAUCAACAGAGCUGUGUUUGUCAAAGUCUCCUAACAAGCACAACCGUUUGUAUAUGAAGGCCAUGCCUAUGCCUGAUGGCUUGGCUGCUGAUAUUGAGGAUGGUAAGGUUACACCACGUGAUGAUCCUAAGGCUAGGAAGACAUUCCUCUGCGAGAACUACCAUUUUGAUGCCACAGAUGCUAUGAAGAUCUGGACAUUUGGCCCAGAAUCAACUGGAGCAAAUAUUCUUGUGGAUGUUACCAAGGGAGUGCAGUAUCUCAACGAGAUUAAAGAUUCUUGUGUAGCUGGCUUCCAGUGGGCCACAAAGGAAGGUGUACUUUGUGACGAGAACAUGAGAGCUGUUCGCUUCAACCUUCAUGAUGUUACUCUACAUGCUGAUGCUAUUCAUCGUGGUGGUGGCCAGAUCAUUCCUACUACUCGGCGUGUACUUUAUGCUUCAGUCCUUACUGCAGAACCCCGUCUCCAAGAACCUGUGUACCUCUGUGAAAUUCAGUGCCCUGAGGCUGCUGUUGGUGGCAUCUAUGGUGUACUCAACAGGCGGCGUGGUGUUGUAUUCGAGGAGAUGCAAGUGGUAGGAACACCAAUGUUUGUUGUUAAGGCUCAUCUACCUGUCAAUGAGUCCUUUGGAUUCACUGCUGAUCUUCGUUCAAACACUGGUGGUCAGGCAUUCCCUCAAUGUGUGUUCGAUCACUGGCAAGAAAUGCCAGGUAGCCCUACUGAUGCCACAAGCAACAGCAAGCCCUACAAUAUUGUUAUGGAAACUAGGAAGAGGAAGGGCUUGAAGGAAGGCCUGCCUGAUCUCUCUAAUUACCUGGACAAACUGUAAUCGCAGAAGCAUCAUACCACAGAUAUAUAUAAUAUUAAGGUUUUAUUUACUGUUACUGUGAUUGCAAUGAAGUGGGAGAAAGUAAAAAAAAAAGUAUAACUGA